CCCAAUCUCAGCCCAGCAACUCUUCAUCCAUCCACACACGCAGGCAAUGCACCCAUUGACGGCUUGCCUCCCUCUGCUCCAUCUAGGAGUAGAGGAGGAGUGCGGCCAUGAGUACGACGACAAUGCCGAGGAACUCCAGGAAGCCCAUACCGAUGAGGGUGUAGGUGAAGAGGUCCUCCUUGAUCGACGGAUUGCGCGCCGUGCCGCUCACCAGGGCCGCGAACAGGCUGCCGAUACCUUGCGCCACGCCGCCCACUGCCAUCAGGGCGAUGGCCGCACCCAGAGUGGCCACGCCGGCCUCGUGACGCACCUGCAGGGCCGUGCAGCCGCCCGAUGGAUGGUGGAGGGUCAACGCCAACACCUUGCUCUGGCUCAGAGGGGUCAGCCCGCCUGCACCAAGGCACACAGAACAGAAAGAACAACAUGGUGAGUGAGCGGAUGGUUGUUGCCUGUGUGUGGCGUGUUUCUGUCUGUGUUUGUGACGGUACAGUUGUUGUUGAGGCUGAGUGCCCGUGGCUGUGUGGAUGGCUGGGGCUGCGUGAGGGGCUUCUGAAACAUCGGGGACGUUGAGAACUUACGGCACACCAGCGUGUGACUGAUACACACACACAUCCACACACAACCACAGCACAGAUGCAGAGGGAGACAGAGACCUCCUUCAUCGCUGCCUGAUCUGGUGGCCGUCUGUAUUGCUUACGCCAUGGAGAAUGAUCCGAGCUGGAAUGAGCGGCUGCACGACGGCAGCGCCAUGCUGCGGGGGAUCACCCUCGACGCAAUGCUGCCGAACAUGUUGGCGAGGGCUAAGGCGGCAGAUUUGGCGACAGACGAGGCUCACAGCACUGCAGCAGACGGCCGAAAUGCCUUCUUUUCUCGCAAGAGCUCGCAAGAUG